AUGCCUACUCAUUUAAUUUGUUUUAGACAUCCUGCAUUAGGCAGAGGUUUCGGUUUGGGAUAUAAGAUUCAAUUCGGUUACGACUUCGUUGGUGAUAACUACAACGGAAGUAACUCGUUUGUACCCGACCCAGAUCCACUCGACUGCGGAGGACAUGGUACUCACGUAAGUGGUAUCGUCAGCGCCAUAGCUCCUACGUUUACCGGCGUAGCUCCGAAUGCAACUCUCGGUGUAUAUCGAGUUUUUGGAUGCAGCGGUGGAUCUAGCAAUGAUGUUGUUAUUGCUGCCUUUAAUGCAGCUUAUCAAGCUGGUGCUCAAAUUAUUACUGCGUCUCUUGGAAGUCCUUCUGGAUGGACUGAAGAUCCGUUAGCAGUAGUUGUAGAUAGAAUUGUCGAUGCUGGUGUUUCUUGUACUUUUUCUGCUGGUAACAAUGGCAAUGAAGGAUUAUUCUUCGCUUCGACUGCAGCAAACGGCAUUGAUGUCACUGCUAUUGGAUCAGUUGAUAGUAUAAUAACUCCUCAAAUCAUGUACGAAGGACAAUUUACUAUAAACUCUUCAGCUAAUACAAAUUUUCAAUACCUUCCUGCAAAUAAUCCUUUUCCUAACAAUAUUUCUGGAUAUCCAUUGUACGUUGUUGAUCAUAAUAUAACGAACCCGGCUGAUGCUUGCACUGCGUUACCAGCUGAUACACCAAUAUUAUCUGAGAAAAUUGUUCUUAUUCGUCGAGGUAGUUGUACUUUUCUGAGUAAAAUAGCUAAUGUUCAAAAAUUUGGUGCUCAAUAUAUUAUGAUCUACAAUAAUGAAAAUCCUAUGGUCAAGCCACAGAGCCCAAGCGGAGUCUUCGCUGCCAUGGUUUCAGCUGAACAAGGUGCUUACUGGAUCAGUCGUCUUCAAGAAAGUCUAGUCAUCAACUUUUACUUCUCCCCUAAGUCGAUAACAACUACUAUCAGUUCACCUAACAAUAUUACUGGCGGUACAAUGAGUAUUUUCUCGUCAUGGUCUCCAACCAAUGAACUAAUCAUUAAGCCAGAAGUUUCUGCCCCUGGUGGAAAUAUAUUGUCGACUUAUCCUCUUCAUUUGGGCGGCUAUGCUAUACUGUCUGGUACAUCUAUGGCAGCACCUUAUAUUGCCGGUGUCAUUGCCUUAUACAAGAAUGCAAAAGGUGCGCGAACACAGAUCGAUUCGUUUACUAUCAGACAUAUUCUUGCCACUACGGCUACUCCUCUGUUUUUCAACGAUGGAAAACAGACCUAUCCUUACUUGGCUCCGGUUGUUCAGCAGGGUGGUGGUUUAGUUGAUGCAUUUGCCGCACAGAAAGCAGCUGCUACUGCCUAUACUUUGGGUAUGAACACUACGUUGCCUCAAAGGUUUCCUCCUGAACUCAUCACACAAUAUGCGAAAGUGAUUAUUUCACCUUACGUAUUGACUAUUCCUGGCAAGAGCACGGCUGUCAUUAGAGUGACUUUUACUCCUCCUACGGGUCUCGAAGCCAAACGUAUUCCAGUUUACUCUGGUUAUAUUUAUAUUCAGAAUAGCAAAAAGGAAAAUUUUCAUUUGCCUUAUGUUGGCGUCAGUUACGAUAUGAAACGUGUUACACUCACUGAUUUUGAAAAUCAAUUUCCGUACAUCUCGAAUUCGUCCGAUACCAGUGAAAAUCCAAAACCUAUUGGUGCCAAUCAGACGUUCAUUGUUAGCAUUGACAUGCCUACCAUCAAUUGGCGGCUCGUUAUGAGUUCGCCGCUCGUACGAGUUGAUAUUCUCGGUAGUGGUAAACAGAUCAAUGUCGCUGGAAUGAACAUACUCGGUAGCAUUCCUGACUAUCCAUUGUAUUGGGUUUCUCGAAAUUAUUUUAUUAAAACUAAUGACAAUUCUUUGUACUAUAAUGUGAGUUGGAAUGGAACUCUCAACACGGGUAUUCAAGUACCAGCUGGUAAUUACAGAUUCUUGUAUCGUGCACUCAAAAUUUUUGGGAAUCAAGACAAUAAGAAAGACUUCGAGACUUGGACAAGCCCGAUGUUCAAUAUACAAUAUGAAACACAUUAA